AUGUUUAAAACUCCGUUUUUCCCAUCCCAUGCCCUGAUCAGCCCGACAUUUCUGCUCAAUCGCGGCUGGUGCAUUUUCAUUGAUACUCGAUACAAACUGGGCGAGUGUCCUACAUACGACUCCAGAGACAACUCUCUGGUCUGGACUGAUAUUCUAGGAGAGACUGUGCAACGGAUCAAUUAUGACGAGCCGAACCAGGUUACGACUCACAAGACGCCUUGUUCGGUCGGAUGCAUUGGCUUGACAGAAACGCCUGGUGUAUACAUUGCUGGCACCAAGCAAGGAGUUGCUCUGCUGGAUUUCAGACCGGGACAGCAACAACAGUUCAAGAUGGUCCAUUCAUUUGACUCUCUCAAUUUGGACGCCGAUAUUCGAGCCAACGAUGGCACUGUGAGUCCCGAUGGCAGGUUCUGGAUCUCCACCAUGGCUGAAGACGUGGAUCAGAAGGUGGCUCCUCGAGGACGUCUGUUUGUCUAUGACGGUCAGACGAUAGAGGAGGUGUCUGGUUACGACGUUCACAUUCCCAAUGGAAUGGGGUGGCUUGAAGGAACAGUUUCCGGGCCGUUUGUGUUCACAGACUCGGCCAAUCAUCGGCUUCUCAAGGACAAGAAGCCGUUCAUUGAGAUUGAGAACAUUGAGGGCUGCUCCAUGCACCCCGAGCCCGAUGGACUGACACUUUCGGAAGAUGGAGAUAUCUGGACUGCCCAGUUUGGUGCGUCUAGAGUGCGAAGGUACUCUCCGGAGGGCAUUCUCAAGGAUGAAAUCAAGUUCCCUGCGGCCUGUAUCACCUGUCCUACAUUUGCCGGCAAGGACUACAAUGAACUGAUUGCCACUUCGUUCAACGAUGACAAGGGAGAGGGAGGUAAGGUGUUCCGCGUGAAGUUGGAGGGGGUAAAGGGAGUUCCCAAGUAUGUUUUCAAGUCUGCAUAG